CGGGGGCGGCCUAGGCGAUGGCGGCGGGACGGCCGCCGUUCUCGGCGUAGCCCGGGGAGACGCGCGGCUGGAGGAUGGCCUCGCUCGGGCAGGCUGGCGCGGGGGAUCAGGCCCCGGAGUCUGAGGCGGAGCCGGGGGCCGCGGGGCCGCCGCCGUCGCCGACCCCUCUGGGGCCCCUGAUCCCCCUGCAGCGGGAGCCGCUGUACAACUGGCAGGCGACCAAGGCGUCGCUGAAGGAGCGCUUCGCCUUCCUCUUCAACUCGGAGCUGCUGAGCGAUGUGCGCUUCGUGCUGGGCAAGGGCCGCGGCGGCGCGGCCGCCGGGGGCCCGCAGCGCAUCCCCGCCCACCGCUUCGUGCUGGCGGCCGGCAGCGCCGUCUUCGACGCCAUGUUCAACGGCGGCAUGGCCACGACGUCGGCCGAGAUCGAGCUGCCGGACGUGGAGCCCGCCGCCUUCCUGGCGCUGCUGAGAUUUCUCUAUUCAGAUGAAGUUCAGAUUGGUCCAGAAACAGUGAUGACCACUCUGUACACUGCUAAGAAAUACGCAGUGCCAGCCUUGGAAGCACAUUGUGUGGAAUUUCUCACCAAACAUCUGCGGGCAGACAAUGCCUUUAUGUUACUUACUCAGAUACAGGGAGAGAGAGGGAGCACACGAUUCCAUCCUCUGGUUCACUCCCCAAAUGACCGCAACAGCCGGGGAGCCGAAAUGAAUUCCAGGUCUCCCAAGUUGGUGGCAGGAAUCCAGUUUUCGGAGCCAUCACCGCUGCCUCCCAAGGCUCGAUUAUUUGAUGAACCUCAGCUUGCUAGUCUCUGUCUAGACACAAUAGACAAAAGCACAAUGGAUGCAAUAAGUGCGGAAGGGUUUACUGACAUUGACAUUGACACGCUGUGUGCAGUUCUAGAGAGAGACACACUUAGUAUUCGAGAAAGUCGACUUUUUGGAGCUGUUGUGCGCUGGGCAGAAGCAGAAUGUCAGAGACAACAGUUGCCUGUGACUUUUGGAAACAAGCAGAAAGUUCUAGGAAAAGCCCUUUCUUUAAUCCGGUUCCCACUGAUGACAAUUGAGGAGUUUGCAGCAGGCCCUGCUCAGUCUGGCAUUUUGUCGGAUCGUGAAGUGGUGAACCUGUUUCUUCACUUCACCGUCAAUCCCAAACCCCGCGUGGAGUACACUGACCGGCCCCGCUGCUGCCUGCGGGGCAAAGAGUGCUGCAUCAACAGGUUCCAGCAGGUCGAGAGCCGCUGGGGCUACAGCGGAACCAGCGAUCGCAUCAGGUUCACGGUGAACAGAAGAAUCUCCAUCGUCGGGUUUGGCUUGUACGGAUCCAUCCACGGCCCCACGGAUUACCAAGUGAACAUCCAGAUCAUUGAAUAUGAAAAAAAACAAACCCUGGGACAGAAUGAUACCGGCUUUAGUUGUGAUGGGACCGCGAACACGUUCAGGGUCAUGUUCAAGGAGCCCAUAGAAAUCCUGCCCAACGUGUGCUACACAGCGUGCGCCACCCUCAAGGGUCCGGAUUCCCACUACGGCACAAAAGGACUGAAGAAGGUGGUCCACGAGACCCCAGCCGCGAGCAAGACUGUUUUCUUAUUUUUCAGUUCUCCUGGCAAUAACAAUGGCACUUCCAUAGAAGAUGGACAAAUACCAGAAAUCAUAUUUUAUACAUAAUUUAGCAUUACAGUACAUCUUAGCUCAGUAGUACCAUACCGUCUAGUCUCAAAACCAUAAAUAACUGGCCCCCCAAAAAUAGUUGGAGUGUUUGAGUAUUUAUAAUUGUAAAAUAAAAAAAACAUUUUAGUUUCUCAAAGGAGAUAGGAAAAUGUUCAUUGAAAUCUCUGCAUGACCUAAAGGCAGGUUUUCCAUUUCUUACAAUCUUAGAGCAAGAGAACUGGGUGUAAUCGUAUAGAAACAAAAGCGCGGCUAUUUCAGCUCCGUCUUGUAUAACUUCCUAGGUCAGCUGGGUCAUGGUCUUGGAAUAGUUCUGGCAUCGUCUUGUUUUAUAUAGCUGGUUUUGUUUUCUGUUUUUGUUUUAGCUGUUUGGAAGGGUUAGAUGAGUUGGGUCAGUAUUUCUACAGUCCAAAUGAGCUCUCAUAACUAAUUUCAAAGAAUUAAGAACACUGACUUUAUAUUCGGGGGUUUGAAAUAUCUGGUGGCUAGCAUUUGGAGAUGCUAAAAAUAGACCUAAUAAAUGCUCAAGAAAAUGGUCAAUGCAUUUACAGGAACAGAUAUUUUGUAAUAGUAUAGAAACGUGUUACAUAGUACAGUGUAAAACUAUUAAUGGAGUUUGUAUAAAUUCGCCAUAAUGCGAUAUAAGCAAAGUGUGGGCUUGGACUGAUUCCUGUUCAGUGGACGGCGAGGCUCGGCCGCGCCUGUCCGGGGUGCCGCGGGCUGAGCAGCGGCCACUUCAGCACCGCGGUCAGCGCACCUGCGGGGUGCGGGGUGCAGCCGCCCGCGACCUGCUCCAGGGCGGCCCGGCUGUGUUGAGAGCGGAGAGUCAGCAGAGCUUUAUAAACCUUUCUUGUAAAGCGGAUUUUCCUAUCACACCUUUUCCCUUGAAAGGGAUCAUCCUACGAAAAACUGAAGCGCCUGUGAGUUUGCAGUACAUCGAAUCGCUGUGGAAGAAGAUAUUUUCUACAUAGUAAUGGGGUGCACACGUUUUUCCUCUGGAGUCUUGCUCCGUUUGUAUCGUCAGGAAGGUGGGCAGUGGGGCCGAGGCCUGCAGCUGCCGAGGGAGGGGGCUUUCUCCUCUCUGGUUCUGCGGCCCCAGUCGACUGGAACGCCCUCGGAACGUGCUGUUCUGGAUAACUGAAGACUAGCCAGCGAACAGUCGUGCCCCUCACAGAAAGAACUUCUGCCUUAGAGAGCGCAGAGCCAGACUAGCUGUGGGGUUGAUGUUGAAGGCACUUCCCGUGCCUCGGGUGCACUGUGCUAAACCGUGGUUGUGACGGUAUGCGGCCACAGGUGCAGGAACCCCAGCUGUUACAUCGGGACGUCCCCUGGAAUUUUUAAAAAAUAAAUGCACAUUAUCCUUUU